AUGGCAAGCCACUGCAAAUUUUGGCUUCCCAAGAAGAAGAGAUUCUGUGCGAACACCACUCUGCACAAUUCCUCAUUCUGCGGAAACCACACCCAAAGGCUCGACGCUCGCUGGGUCCCGUGCCCAAUCGACUCCUCUCACUCUGUGCUUGAGGAAAAUCUUGAGAGUCACUUGAAUCGAUGCCCAUUGAUGAAAAGAGAGCUGUCUCUCUCGUGUCAACCUUUCUACCAAAGGGGCAUUAAUGCUGGACCAGGAGAUGAGGAGGAAAAUGAAGGAGAAGAAGCAGAAAUGGUUACCACAUUUACUUCGGAGAUGAAAAGAAAUGCGGUGUAUAACAUGCCCGUGUCGGGGUUUUUUGAGUUAAUUGCUAAGAUCAAGUCGGUUCAUGCAUCCAUAUGCGAUGACAUUCAAGAGUCUUACAAGAUUCCGGAAGCUUGUAGAAUUUGGACUAAUAGAGAAGUUGACAAGAAACUGCCGUAUCAAGAGAAGCACGUUUUACAACAGGCAUCAAUUCUAGGGAAUUUAGAAGAGUUUAGGGUUUUAAAGAAAUCUUCUUCGAGUCCUAGUGGGACAGGCGAGUGUUGUGAUUCAAACAAUGAACUGGAGAGUAAUGCCGAUCAUUCUGCAGUGAUUGAAUUUGGUGCUGGAAGGGGGUAUUUGACACAGAUGCUUGCGGAUUGUUAUGGAAUCAAAAAGGUUUUAUUGGUGGAGCGGAAGGCAUAUAAAUUGAAAGCUGAUCGGAGUUUGAGACAGAAAGAGAGCUUGAUAUUGGAGAGAUUGAGAAUUGAUAUUGAGGAUUUGAAUUUGAAUGCUGUAGAAUCACUAAGAGGAGUAGGCUACACGGCAAUUGGCAAACACCUUUGCGGGCCUGCAACAGAUGUGACCUUAAGAUGCUGCAUUCGCCAAAAGUCAGACAAAAUCUCCGAUUCUCAGUCACCAGCAACUUGUUACAUGAGAGGCCUAGCCAUUGCAACAUGUUGCCAUCAUCUCUGCCAAUGGAGACACUACAUAAAUAAGAAAUAUAUAUUGGAUCUGGGUUUCAGCAAACAGGAUUUCCAUGCGAUUUCAUGGUUCACGAGCUGGGCUGUGGAUGCAGAUCAUAGCUCAGAUUUUCGUGCUGCAGAUUUAUCUGCUCAACUCGAGAUCACGAAUGAGAAGAAAAUGUUGCGCCCCGACUCAGAAUUAGUGGGAGUGGGAGAUGUAGUGAGAAAUAUGGAGGCAGUUGAACGUGCUGUGUUGGGGUAUAUGUGCAAGGACAUUAUCGAUGCUGGGAGGCUGAUGUGGGUCAAGUCACGAGGACUCCAAUCCGAGCUCGUCAACUAUGUUCCUAUUAGCAUUUCUCCCGAGAACCGCCUCUUGCUUGCCAGGAACGAACGACAUAUCGUCUCUUGA